AUGUGCUUGGAUUGGAGUUUGCUUGAUUCAUUCACUUGGCCAGUUUACUUGGUCAACUAUCUAAUGGUUAUGGGGUAUAUAGGUGGACCUGACUGGAAAGGAUUUUAUACUCUUUCCCUGGAAAGCGAUUAUUAUACUUCAUCUGUUGGAAGGAAGCUAAUGAUUUUGCAAAUUUUGUGUGAUGAUAUUCUGGAUUCUGAAGAGCUAAGAGUAGAAAUUGACACGCGUGAAGAAUCAGAAGUUGGAAUAGACUCAGAUACAGGGACAACGGUUGCACCUGCUGGUGGACCAAGAAGAGUUCAUCUGAGAUAUUCUAAAACUUCUGCCUGCAAGGACAAAGAUGCAAUCUGGGUAUCAAGUGAGGGCGUGUGCAAGUGCUGGCAUGUGCUGAUUGCUGUUCAACUUUCAGCUCCAUCUGCUUGUGAGGAAUGUGUAUCUGUGCCGCAGAUCAUACUGAUAAUCAGUGAGAUAAGAGGGUGGAUGUUUUUAGCGAUUAGAUCUUCUGGUUGGUUGGGAAAAACUAGAGAUGAUCGUUCAGCUGUGAUAGGAGAAGGAUGUAGACUGCUUACACCUGGUGGUAUAGGGGAGUAUAUAUUACCAUUGGAAGAAGGAUCUUCAAUAUUUAUGCCUGGAGAUUGA